AUGUCACUUAAAGUCUUAAUUCUUGGAGCAGGAUAUGGAACUCGACUUCAACGAGACAUCCUUAAUGAUACUUCACAAAAAUAUUCACACCUUCUAGGAGUUCCAAAGGCCCUUUUACCAUUGGGUGGCAAAGAUUCCUUAAUAGCACAUUGGCUUGAUAUAUUAAUUGAGUCCAACAUAGACAUUAAAUCAUCUUUAUAUAUCGUAACUAAUUCACCAUCAUAUUCAUCAUUCAUUUCAUGGGCAAAAACACAUAAUAUUCCUACUACAAAUAUUGUAAAUGAUGGUAGUACGUUAAAUGAAAAUAGAUUAGGAGCUGUAGAAGACGUUCUUUUUGCUAUUAAACAUUUUUCUUCAUAUUUAGAAAAUUCGAAUUUAUUAAUAAUAGGUGGUGAUACGUUAUAUUUAAAAGAUUUUAAUUUUAAUAAAUUAUAUGAAAAAUUUAUUACAAUCAAUUCUACUGAUGAGGCAUGUUUAGUUACAACAUAUCAAGUUGAUGACAAAGUUGUUCAUAAAUUUGGUAUUUUAGAAUUGGACGAAGGCAAUAAAGUAAUUGGUUUCUUGGAAAAACCUUCUCCACAAUCUACUACUUCUAGAUAUGCUUGUCCUUGUUUUUAUUUUCUUCAUAAAAAUUCUUUAAAAUUGUUACAAAAAUUUUUAAUAGAAUCAAAGAACAAUUCAAAUCAUACUAUUGAAGAUCGUGAUGCUACAGGAAAAUUUUUGUCUUGGGUUAUAAAUAAUAAGAAAUUUGAAUUUUUUGCUGAAAAAGUUCAAGGUAGAAUAGAUGUGGGUGGUUUACAAAGUUAUUUAGAUGCAAAAAGAUAUUUUGGUGAUCAAGAUAUUUAA